GAUGAUUAAAAUUACAUAGUCUGGAUGUGCCCAUGGGAUUUUUUGAAAAUAUUACUUAAAGUUAUCUUUGUGAUUUAAACUUAGAGAAUGGGCAGUACUGGAAAUUGACUAGAUGGCAUUUUAUUACAGAGUGCUCUUGUAAUCAAAGGCAAAUGAAGGAAGCAGGAUUGUGCAGAGGAGAAGCUGAAUUUUGUUGCUAUCUUAUGAAUGACAGUUCUCAAACUAGUAUGGUGCUUCAGAGCUGCUUUCCAGUUGGAGUGAGGAGAACAGACCUUUCUACCUGCAUGUUGGAUGGCCACUGGUUGUGGGCUGCUCCUAGAAUGGGGCAUGAUGUUGGGCAAAGCAGCUAUCUUCAGCAGAGGCAAUUGUUCAUUCCUAAAGGGAAUCCGGAUGUGGAUCACAACAUCCCAGAAACUUCCAAAGAUGACUGAGAUACAUAGCACUUUGGGAAGCCACAGCGAGCAGAUCACCUGAGGUCAGAAGUUCGAGAGCAACCUGGCCAACAUGGUGAAACCCUGUCUCUACUAAGAAUACAAAAAUUAGCCAGGCAUGGUGGUGGGCACCUGCCCAGCUACUCAGGAGGCUGAGUCAGGAGAAUCGCUUGAACCUAGAAUUCGGAGGUUGCAGUGAACCGAGAUUGUGCCACUGGACUCCAGCCUUGGUGACAGGGAUGGAAGGUUAACAUUUCAUCCAGGAAGUCAGGUAGUGAAACUUCCUUUUAUCAACUUUAUGAAGGCACGUGGGACUUCCUUUCUGAAUGCCUACACAAACUCUCCAAUCUGUUGCCCAUCACGCGCAGCAAUGUGGAGUGGCCUCUUCACUCACUUAACAGAAUCUUGGAAUAAUUUUAAGGGUCUAGAUCCAAAUUAUCCAACAUGGAUGGAUGUCAUGGAGAGGCAUGGUUACCGAACACAGAAAUUUGGGAAACUGGACUAUACUUCAGGACAUCACUCCAUUAGUAAUCGUGUGGAAGCGUGGACAAGAGAUGUUGCUUUUUUACUCAGACAAGAAGGCAGGCCCAUGGUUAAUCUUAUCCAUAACAGGACUAAAGUCAGAGUAAUGGAAAGGGAUUGGCAGAAUACACACAAAGCAGUAAAUUGGUUAAGAAAGGAAGCAAUUAAUUACACUGAACCAUUUGUUCUUUACUUGGGAUUAAAUUUACCACACCCUUACCCUUCACCAUCUUCUGGAGAAAAUUUUGGAUCUUCAACAUUUCACACAUCUCUUUAUUGGCUUGAAAAAGUGUCUCAUGAUGCCAUCAAAAUCCCAAAGUGGUCACCUUUGUCAGAAAUGCACCCUGUAGAUUAUUACUCUUCUUAUACAAAAAACUGCACUGGAAGAUUUACAAAAAAAGAAAUGAAGAAUAUUAGAGCAUUUUAUUAUGCUAUGUGUGCUGAGACAGAUGCCAUGCUUGGUGAAAUUAUUUUGGCCCUUCAUCAAUUAGAUCUUCUUCAGAAAACUAUUGUCAUAUACUCCUCAGACCAUGGAGAGCUGGCCAUGGAACAUCGACAGUUUUAUAAAAUGAGCAUGUACGAGGCUAGUGCGCAUGUUCCACUUUUGAUGAUGGGACCAGGAAUUAAAGCCGGCCUACAAGUGUCAAAUGUGGUUUCUCUUGUGGAUAUUUACCCUACCAUGCUUAAUAUUGCUGGAAUUCCUCUGCCUCAGAACCUGAGUGGAUACUCUUUAUUGCCGUUAUCAUCAGAAACAUUUAAGAAUGAACAUAAAGUCAAAAACCUGCAUCCACCCUGGAUUCUGAGUGAAUUCCAUGGAUGUAAUGUGAAUGCCUCCACCUACAUGCUUCGAACUAACCACUGGAAAUAUAUAGCCUACUCGGAUGGCGCUUCAAUAUUGCCUCAACUCUUUGAUCUUUCCUCGGAUCCAGAUGAAUUAACAAAUGUUGCUGUAAAAUUUCCAGAAAUUACUUACUCUUUGGAUCAGAAGCUUCGUUCCAUUAUAAACUACCCUAAAGUUUCUGCUUCUGUCCACCAAUAUAAUAAAGAGCAGUUUAUCAAGUGGAAACAAAGUAUAGGACAGAAUUAUUCAAACGUUAUAGCAAAUCUUAGGUGGCAUCAAGACUGGCAGAAGGAACCAAAGAAGUAUGAAAAUGCAAUUGAUCAGUGGCUUAAAACCCAUAUGAAUCCAAGAGCAGUUUGAACAAAAGGUUUAAAAAUAAUGUUCUAGAGAUACAUAUAAAUAUAUUACAAGAUCAUAAUUAUGUAUUUUAAAUGAAAGUUCUAAUAAUUACCAAGUUUUGGUCAGGCGCAGUGGCUCACAUCUAUAAUCCCAGGACUUUGGGAGGCUGAGGAAGGCAGAUCACAAGGUCAAGAGAUCGAGACCAUCCUGGCCAACAUGGUGAAACCCCAUCUCUACUAAAAAUACAAAAAUUAGCUGGGCAUGGUGGUGCGCACCUGUAGUCUCAGCUACUCACAAGGCUGAGGCAGGAGGAUGGCUUGAACCCGGGAGGCAGCAGUUGCAGUGAGCUGAGAUCGUGCCACUGUACUCCAGCCUGGUGACAGAGUGAGACUCUGUCUUAAAAAAUAAUAAUAAUAAUAAUAAUUACCAACUUUUCAUUACUUUGUAAGAAUGUAGUGUAUUUUAAGAUAAAAUGCCAAUGAUUAUAAAAUCACAUAUUUUCAAAAAUGGUUAUUAUUUAGACCUUUGUACAAUUUCUAACAAUUUAGUGGAAGUAUCAAAAGGAUUGAAGCAAAUACUCUAACAGUUAUGUUGCUUUAAAUAAUAGAGAAUAUAAAAUGUUGUAAUAAUACGUAUCAUAAAAUAGUUGUGUGUGAGCAUUUGAUGGUGCAUGAUGAGUUACUUGUAUCUGAUGGGACUGUUUGGAUUGUAUUUGAUGGGAGUAUUUGGAGUAUUUAACGGGAUGUAUAUCCUGGAUGUACCUGAUUUUGUUACUGUUUUCUUUUAAUAGGUAAUAUAUAUACAGAGCAAAAGCUUCAAAUGGUACAAAAGGGUUAACAGUGAUCAUGAAGUCUCUGUCCUUUCCCUCUUCCCUGCCAUCCAGUUCCCCCUCCAAGAAGCAGGUAUCGAAACCACCUGCUUAUGGGUUUUUAGAGAUUGGCCACAAAUUUAUAAACAAAUGUGUAUAUUCCUUUCCCCCUACACAAACGGUAACAUACUGCACACAUUGUUCUGCAUGUUGCUUCUUUUUCCUUUUUUUUUUUUUUCACUUAACAGUAGAUAUCUAGAGGUGAAAUUACUGAGUCAAGACUAUAUUUAGAAAAAUUACACUAGAUUCUACAAAUUACCUCUAAAGAAGGUAUACUAACUGAUAAUCUCACCAUCAAUGCAUGUCUUCUUAUCCUUUGCCAACCUAACAGAUAAAAAUGUUCUAUUUUUAUUUUUAUUUUUAUGAGUAAGGUAGAGCAUAUUUUCAUGUAUUUAACAGCCACUGGAAUCUGCUUACCAUGGCCUUUCCUAUUUCUAUUCUUUGCCUAUUUUUCUGUUGGUUGUUGGUCUUUGUUUUGUAUUACAGGUGUGCUUUAGAUAUUAGCUUUUUGUAAGAGAUCCUGCAAAUAUCUUCUUUCCAGUUUGUCAUUGUCAUUUGUCUUUUGACUUUGUUCUGGUAUUUUUUGAUAUGUAGAAAUUUUUAUUUUCAUGUAAGCAAAUUUAUGAAUCUUUGUACCCCAUAAGUAUAUACAAUUAUGAUUUGUCAAUUAAAAAUAUUAAUACAAAA